AUGAUGGACAUCAGCAGUCCAGGGAAAAAUACCAAGCAGGUAGAAAAUGGUUUGCUUGUGGUGAUGGACGUCAUGGACAAGCAGCUGCAGAGACAGCUCAGCAGUGAGGAUGUCAGCAAGCACCACAGUAGCGACCCAGGAACCCAGGAAGCCCUGGACAUUUCGCAAAGUGACUACUCCAUGGCAGUGUUGCUUCUGCACCUGGAUCUCCUGCACAACGUCCUGUGGUCGCCCAGGACUUCGAGUGUAGCCUCUGUGGGAACCUGGACAGCAAUGGCCAGCAGAGCCCAGUUGGGCUAUUACUUGGAGCUACUGAAGAAGGAAGAGCUGAAGGAGUUCCAGCUUCGGCUGCACAAUGAAGAACCCGUCCCGGGUUCUUCCAGUGCGAUGGCAGUUCCACCAGAGAAGAUGAGUGGCAUGGAGGUGGCCUCACAACUGGUGGCUCGGUAUGGGGAGCAGCGAGCCUGGAACCUUGCCCGCCACACCUGCAGGCAGAUGGGCCUGAGCUUGCCCUGUGGGCAGGACCAGGAAGAGGAGGCCUUGUUGCUAGAUGACUUCUCCCCAUUCCUCUCCUUCUCAGGAAUGAAAGAAGGAUACCAGAAUAAGAAGGGAGAGAACCCCUGCUCCAUGCAUUCCUGGGAAAAUAAGGAUUUGUACCAAAAAUUCACACAGCUGACACUUCUAGAAAGACUUCACCCCAGAAGUCAUGAGUCCCUGGUCAGGGAAAUCUGGCACUGUGACAUGGUGGAGAAUCAAGGACGUUUGAUUGAGAUUGGAGACUUAUUUGGCCCAGGCCUGGGAACCCAAGAAGAACGUCGUGUAGUCAUACUGCACGGUGCUGCUGGAAUUGGGAAGUCAACACUGGCCAGGCAGGUGAAGAGGGCCUGGGAGGAAGGCCAGCUGUACAGAGACUGCUUCCACCACGUCUUCUACUUCAGCUGCAGGGAGCUGGCCCAGGCCAAAGUGCUGAGUCUCGCUGAGCUCAUCACAAAAGGCUCGGAGGCCUCUCUGGCUCCCCUUGGAAUGAUCCUGUCUCGUCCAGGGCGGCUGCUCUUCAUCCUUGAUGAUGUGGAUGAGCCAAGAUGGGUCUUGCAGAAGCAGAGUUCCAAGCGCCGUCUGCGCUGGAGAGAGCCAUGGCCGGUGCACACGCUGCUUGGCAGUUUGCUGGGGAAAACCAUACUUCCCGAGGCUUCCUUGCUGAUCACCACUCGGACCACAGCUCUGCAGAAGCUCAUUCCUUCUCUGGAGCAGCCACGGUGGGUGGAGGUCCUGGGGUUCUCUGACUGUGGCAGGAAGGAAUAUUUCUAUAACUAUUUCACAGAUAAAAGCCAAGCAGUUAGAGCCUUUGGCUUGGUUGAGUCAAAUCGAGCAGUCUGGACCCUGUGUCUCGUGCCCUUCGUGUCCUGGCUGGUCUGCUCUUGCCUGAAGCAGCAGAUGGAGCGGGGGGAAGAACUCACACUCACCUCCCGGACGGCCACGGGCCUCUGUCUGCGCCACCUCUCCCAGGCUCUCCCAGGUCAGCCCCUGGGGCCCCAGCUGAGGGGCAUCUGCCUCCUGGCUGCUGAGGGUGUCUGGCAAGGAAAGAGCCUUUUCAGCCCAGAUGAUCUCAGGAAGCACGAGUUGGAUGAGGCCAUCAUCUCCACUUUCUUGAAGAUGGGUGUUCUUCAAAAGCACCACACCUGUCCGAGCUACAGCUUCACCCACCUGUGCUUCCAGGAGUUCUUUGCAGCAAUGUCCUGUGCCUUGGGGGAUACGGAGGAGAGAGGUGAACAUCCUAACCUCAUUAGAGUUGUGGAAAGGUUACAAGAAGCAUACCAAAGCCAUGACGUGUUUGGGGCACCAACCACGCGUUUCCUAUUCGGCCUUCGAACUGAGCAGGCACAGAGAGAGAUGGAGAACAUCUUCAACCGCCGGCCAAGCCUGGACAGGAGGCGGGAGCUGCUGCAGUGGGCCGAGGAGGAGACCCGGGUCCUGCAGGCCCUGCUGCAGCCAAGCUCUCUGGAGGUGCUCCACUGUUUGUACGAGACUCAGGAUGAGGAGUUCCUGACACAGGUGAUGGGCCAUUUCCAGGGAACAAGUGUGUUUAUCCACACAGACGUGGAGCUCCUGCUGUUCACCUUCUGCAUUAAAUUCUGCCACCACGUGAAGAGGCUUCAACUGAAUGCAGGUGGUCAGCACAGACCCACAUGGAGGCUCCCCGGGGUAGUCCUCUUCACACGGGCCCCGGUCACAGAUGCCAGUUGGCUGGUUCUCUUCUCCAUUCUCGAGGUCUCUGGAAGCCUGAAGGAGCUGGACCUAAGUGGAAACUCGCUGAGCCGCUCAGCAGUGCGCAGUCUUCGUGAGACCCUGAGUCAUCCUCGCUGUCACCUGGAGACCCUGUGGUUGUCCAGCUGUGGCCUCACAGCCAAGGACUGCGAGGACCUUGCCUUUGGGCUGAGCGCCAGCCAGACCCUGACCGAGCUGGACCUGAGCUUCAACGCGCUCACAGAUGCGGGAGCCAAGCACCUCUGCCAGGGGCUGAGACCGCUGAGCUGCAGGCUGCAGCGACUGCGGCUGGUCAGCUGUGGCCUCACGUCCAGCUGCUGCCAGGACCUGGCCUCUGCGCUCAGCACCAGCCCCAGCCUGCUGGAGCUCGACCUGCAUGAGAACGACCUGGGAGACCUUGGCGUGAGGCUGCUCUGCGAGGGGGUGUGGCAUCCCACCUGCCGACUCAGGCUCCUGGGGAAGCCAAGUGUGAUGACCCCUAAUGAGUGCCAGGAUGGAGGAGAGAUGACUAAUAAAAGGUCCUCACUCAAGCAGCAGAGGCUGGCCCAGGGAAGGGGGCUGGGGGACACUAGGUGGGAAAAUGUAGAACUGGCCACUGUUCCAGAGGGUAGCUGCCCACAGGUAGCACAGAAAGUGGAACCCUUCUGUCUGUCUUCUCCUGCCUCUCCAAGGGACUUGUACAUGGAGCCUCUGGGGACUAAAGAUGACUUCUGGGGCCCCACGGGGCCUGUGGCUACUGAGGCAGUGGACAAAGACAGGAGCCUGUUCCGAGUUCACUUCCCCGGGUCUGGCUCCUACUACUGGCCCAACACAGGCCUCGGCUUUGUGGUGAGAGGGGCAGUGACCAUCGACAUUGAGUUCUGUUCCUGGGACCAGUUCCUGCGUGGGACCAGCCCACAGCACAGCUGGAUGGUGGCAGGGCCUCUGUUUGACAUCAAGGCUGAGGAGGGAUCCGUGGCAGCUGUGCACCUCCCUCACUUUGUGGACCUCCAAGGCGGCCAUGUGGACAUCUCCCUGUUCCAAGUGGCCCACUUUAAAGAGGAGGGGAUGCUCCUGGAGAAGCCAGCCAGGGUGGAGCCACAUCACGCCGUGCUUGAAAACCCCAGCUUCUCCCCCUUGGGAGUUCUGAUGAGAAUGGUACCUGUUCCCCUGAGCUUCAUUCCCAUCACCUGCACAGUGUUGCUCUACCAUCGCCUCCAUCCUGGGGAAGUCACCUUCCACCUCUACAUGAUCCCCAGUGACUGCUCCAUUCGGAAGGCCAUCGAUGAUGAAGAAAAGAAUUUCCAGUUUGUGCGAAUACACAAGCCACCCCCGAUGACCUCACUGUAUAUGGGCUCUCGCUACACUGUGUCUGGCUCAGAAAAUCUGGAGAUAAUCCCUGAGGAACUGGAGCUCUGCUAUCGGAGCUGUGGAGAACCCCAGCUGUUCUCAGAGAUCUACGUUGACCACUUGGGGUCGGGGAUCAGGCUGCAAAUGAGAAACAAGAAAGAUGGGACUGUGGUAUGGAAGGCCUUGGUGAAACCAGGAGAUCUCAGACCUGCACCUACCCUGGCCCCUCUAGCCCCCAUAGCCUCACCUUUAUCCCCGGACAUCCCAGCCUUGCUGCACUUCAUAGACCGGCAUCGAGAGCAGCUGGUGGCACGAGUGACAUCGGUGGACCCUGUCUUGGACAAGCUGUAUGGACAGGUGCUGAGCGAGGAGCAGUAUGAGCAGGUGCGGGCCGAGGCCACCAGGCCGUGCCAGAUGCGAAAGCUGUUCAGCUUCAGCCAGUCCUGGGACCAGGCCUGCAAAGAUCGACUCUACCAAGCCCUGAAAGAGACCCACCCUUACCUCGUCAUGGAACUCUGGGAGAAGGGGGGUGGUAUAGGAGGCCUCCGUCACUCAGAGACUGAAGUCUGAACACCCGCCUUUAAGUCCUGGCUCUGCUUGACCCUUCUUUGUAUCUCAGUGUCUUCAUCUGUAAACACGUUGCCAUCUGACUUGUCUUCAGCACUACAGUGAUGGAGCUUUGUGCUACUGCUUCUGGGCUUGAUAUGUCCAUGCCCAGUGAAGCCACACAGAUUCCAGACUGCCUCCUGUGGCCUUCACAGGCUGCGGUCCAGGUGGGAUAACAGCAUCUAAGGGAAUAACGUCCAUCUGGAGCUGGCAAGAAUCCUGCAGACCUCGCAGAGCCUCGUGUGGUAGCCACAGCAGCCAAGCCCAGAGCCCUCCCUGUCCCAUCCAGAUGCAAGGAGGUGUAGGAGGAACAUGGGACUGCUCCACUCUGGCUGGAGACAGACAAUGGAAAUGGACACGCAUCCUUGGGGAGGCUGACAUGGCUAUGAAUUGGGGGGGGGGGCAGCGUGUGAAGAUCCAUGAUUUAUUUUUCAGUUGUUGUUCUAUCCAGCCAAACCCACUCCUGCUGUUGGGAGUCACCCCAAAAGCAGCAGUAGGGGAAUUCUCGCAAGGGAGUGUGCCAAGCAGUCCCAAGAUGGGGCCAGUUGGAUUCCAAAGAAAGAAGCACUGAACAGCAGAGUGAUCAGUCCAAACCAUGUGUUAGUGGAACUACACAGAGCGGGCUGCAGUGCACCCUCCAGGCUGGAGAAAAGGGCUGUUCUACCCAGGUGCGUCCACAGCAAGGGGUCAGGUAUGCAGUUUACAUGAUGGUUUAUGAAAUUUGGCUCAAGGCAGGGGCCAGAUUCUUUCAGUGUUUUGGGCAACAACCUAGAUACCUUGAUCAGUGCCUGCGAACUUUCAAGGCCCUAGUUUUGGUUCAAGCCUACUGGGAAAAGCGGCAGCUGGCUGGGUCACAGAGCAGUCAAGGCAUUCUGUGAUUUUCCAUCAGGACACAGAAAGAAAGCAGGGGCAACUGGGGGGACGCUACACACCUUGUUGCCUCAUUGACUUUUCUGCCCAGACCAUGUUGCUCACAUGUUCAAUAAAUUAGGCUGGCUGUGUGGACCCUCUUCUGGAGAUCAGAGUGUUCUUGAACUUUUGUGCCCCAGCUCUUUCACAUGUCCUGUAAUGGAAUCUCGUCCCAGGAUAUGAAAAUUUUGAGAAAGAUGUUCUUUACCCGAGAUCCAGGCAACUGUGGCUAUUGUCUGGUCUCACGUAGGAUAAGCCUGUGUAGAUGGCACAAAACUAUCAGGACUCUGCACUCGAGUCUCAGGCUCUCCACUUCCAAAGACCAGAAAGCUUGGCAUGAUGAACCGAUUGCUGAUUUGAACCGAUUGCUCAUCAGCUGCCUGUGUUAGCAGUUUUCUGCUGAAUGUGGCAGGUGUACAGCUUGAAUCUGAAUUUCAUAUCCUCAGCUAUCUUAAGAGAAAAAACUAGGCCAUCUUUGGUUCAGACAUUGUUUGUUAUCCAAAUGGCCAAAGCCCUCUCAUAAGUCCCUCAGAAGCAUGGGAGAGUCCUCUUAGGACAAUACUAUUUGUAUUGCCUUGCACUGGGCAUCACAUUUCACAUGACAGUGCCCCUCCACUAUCAGUCCAAGAGCUGAUUCUAAUGGACUCCAUUCUACUGGUAAAAACCCAGAUCUCUCUAGAGGAAGCUCCGAUCCUCUCUAUCAGGAAGCUGCAGGUGGAUUCUAGAAGCUCAGAUUCUGCCCAAGGUGCUGUCUGCCAAUUUUUAGCUUCCAGUUGGGGGUGCAGUGAUUGUUGGGGCCACAACAUUAACAAUCAUUGCAAGCAGAAUGUAUGGGAGCAGCCUGCAACUUCCUGCCAGACCACCUCCAGGAGUGCCUGACUUUUGGGGGCAGACUCAAACAGCACUUGUUCUUUUACUGAUGCUAUUUCCAAUAUCCUGGGUGUGUGUUUAAAGAGCAAGAGAGCACAGGCAUCCUUGAAGCUGAACCCAGACAUGUGUCUGCCAGCAUGGCUACCCAGGCCUGCCCUGUUCUAAAAGUAUUACAUGUACUAACCCAUUAACUCUAAAGACAACCCUGUAUUUGUCAGGUUUCUCCAGAGAAACAGACACCCUAGGUUCUGUGUAUAUAUACAGGGCUCUCUGGGAUGUUUGCAGCCAUUGUUAAUAUGAUGAGAAUAGUUACAUGGUGGAUACUUUCCACGCGCACAUGGACAAUGAAUGGGGGGUGCUCCUGGUAUCUAGGCUGAGCCCAGAGGUGUCAGAAGGGCCCAGAUCUAUACCAGCCUUCAGUGGGCAAAGUCAUCUGUUCCCUACUACGACAUCCAGGGGAGCCAGAUCUCUCCUGUCUCUGAACCCAGGGCCAGCGCCCCCACCCCCAGAACUUCCAGGUGCACUUAAGCAUGUGAGGCUAUUUGGCUCCCACAUCCCUAGAGCCCCAGGGGAAUUUCAGCCCUAAGAAGCCUCUGGAAACCCAUCCCCUAUCACUGCACAAAGUUCACAACAGAGGGAAAACCCAGGAAAUCAAGGUGAGCCAGACACCGGGGUGGGGUCUCCAUUGGGUCUGACAGUCCCGAAGACUCUCUGUAAUAACCAGGUUAUGAAAACAAGGUACAACAAGGGACCCUGUUGUGGGGGUGGGUCUCCAAGCCACUGUCACGCUCCUCCAUGCCUGUCCCUUGUAGGAGCCAUGCUCAGGUAGAGCAACACUGGCCCCUUACCUGCACCCCAGCACCCCAUACACAAAAGCCACCAGCACUAAUGAGAAAAAACACAUCUAUUAUGAACUGUAGGAACUUUUGUGCCCCAGCUUUUGUGCCAUUAGCAUAUAGGGGAUGUGAUACCAUGAGACAAAACAGGUCUUCUCUGAAUGUACCAACUUCCUCUUGGAGAAAACUUCCCACCAGGAAAGACACAAGCAGCAUGGUCUGGUGGAGCAGACAACUAUGUCGGGUGGUAGUGAAGGUGGCCCGAGGCUCUUGCCACCCUAGCUCAUGCUGGCAGGAACUGACUGGGGGCACCAGCUCCCUGAGUGGAGAGGGCCAACUGCUGUCCCUGAUUUGGACCUCCCUGUUCUUCCUAGGACGGCUGUAGCCUACAGUGGUGGUAUAGUGACCGCAGGUCACAUCUUGCAUCACUCUCUUUGCUCUUUUGCUCUGGGGGGAGGGUUUCCUGGGGUAGCAGGAACACCCAUGUGCCAGGGCCCCUCUCACAUAUGAGGGGACAGAGAGACAGUCAGGGUGAGGAUUGACUUGUCUGUUGUCACCUUGUCUCCUGGAUCUCUCCAAGAAUGUUCUCCCAGGAAAUUGUCAAACUCACCUAUAGAGUGGUCCCCAAACUCACUGAUCAUGCAGGAGGGAAAAGCAGAGUGAGGAGGGGGCCAGGGCUGAGCUUUGAGUUCUAUGGGCUCCGGGGAUUGGAGGUUUGAACCCCACCUGUACCUAACCCAGAACCUUCCAAUGGAGCUUCUAGCAUCUGUUGAGUGCACAGAUGGAGGAAGAAAAUCUCCUGGGAGGUGUUUACACAGCAUUUAUAUCCCCUACAGGAUGGUAGAUUUGUGGGUUUUGUGCAGGAAAGAAUCUCCAGGAAGGGCUCCAUGAGGGUAGAAGAAAACAAUGACCCAAGCAGGGACCCAA